AAUCUGUGUGUUGAGAUUGGAAACACAAUUUAAUCUCCUUUAUCUCCACGUCACAGCAUGCCAGCAGAAAAACGUGACACUUGGAGACAAAGAUGACUAUUCUUUUGUUUUUUUACCAUAAAAUUCUUAACCAGUUUGAUGUGUGAGGUUCAGUUAAGAACAGAUGAAUUAUUUUAUUAUGGAGCAUAACGGGGUUUCCUUCCAACAAGAGAUGAAUAUUAUCAUCAAACUGGCUUCAGAUGCCCACUGUCCGUGCUGCGCCAGGACCACGGCUGAGUCACGUGACCCAGACCUCAGAGCUGCAGCCUUAAACGUCCUGCAGCAGCGCGGGAGGGUCAGAGAGGUCUCUCUGCUCCUCAGGAUCCACAUUCAUGCCAAACCAGCAGCAGGUCCACUUCAUCCUCACCGCUGCCUCCUAUGCCUCUUACACCUCCAGCUGAGCCCGACCCGGAACCAAAGAUGAACUGGGCAUCAUUUUAUGCUGUCAUCAGUGGCGUGAACCGACACUCCACCGGCAUCGGUCGCAUCUGGCUCUCUGUCCUGUUUAUUUUCCGUAUCCUAGUCCUGGUGGUUGCAGCCGAGAGCGUAUGGGGAGACGAGAAGUCCGGCUUCACCUGCAACACGCAGCAGCCAGGAUGCAACAGCGUCUGCUAUGAUCACUUCUUCCCCAUCUCCCACAUCCGCCUCUGGGCGCUCCAGCUCAUCCUGGUGUCCACUCCUGCUCUGCUGGUGGCCAUGCACGUGGCACACCGCCGACAUGUCGACAAGAGGAUCUACAAACUGUCAGGGCGGACCAAUCCCAAAGACCUGGAGCAGAUAAAGACCCAGAAGAUGAAAAUCACAGGGGCCCUGUGGUGGACAUACGUCAUCAGCCUGUUGUUCCGUAUUAUCUUUGAGGUCACGUUUAUGUAUGUGUUUUACAUGAUUUACCCUGGUUAUAAAAUGAUCCGGCUGGUGAAGUGUGACUCGUACCCGUGUCCCAACACAGUGGACUGUUUUGUGUCGAGGCCCACGGAGAAGACGGUCUUCACCGUGUUCAUGCUGGCCGUGUCAGGGGUUUGUAUUCUGCUCAACAUCGCAGAAGUGGUGUUCUUGGUGGGGAAGGCCUGUGGUAAACAUCUGCACAAUGCUGGAGACUCCUCUAUAGGAGCUUGGAUCCAACAGAAGCUUCGCUUUUUCUAACAAAAUCCACAUAAUUUAUUCUAAGGCAAAAAGGGACGGAAAAGUGAGAUUUCCCAAAACGCCUCAAACCAUUCAGGCAAACAAAAUCUAAAUGUGUGAGUCAGAAAGUGUAGGACAAUGUAAGACAACACAAAAAAUGAGGGAAAUUGUGAACUAAUUGAGACACUUGGUGGAUAGCAACAGUUGCAUCGUAUUCCUCACACGACACAUUUAUGAAACUUGUCACAAAAGUGUCUCCGACUGCAGUCACUAACGGUCUAGGCUCUGAGAGAUACUGGUUUGACGUUCAUUAAAAUUAGGAGGCUUUAUCUUCCACAUGAGAUGUUCAGAAUCAAAACAAAGAACACAGCAGCACUGUGGUCCUGUGGAAAAUGCUAAUUUUAGGUGUUUAAAUAUCAAAGGUGUUCCUGUAGUCUAAUACCUCCCCUGUUUUAUGAUUUAAACCUAUUUUAUUUAUGAUCUUCUAGAGGAAAUUGGUUUUGGACUCAGAGCUGUCCCAGUAGCUGGACUGGACUUUCUCAGGGGUGAACCUGCACCUGGGAUCCUGCCUCUGGUGAGGGAAACCUUGGCCUCUACUGCUUUUGUGGUGCCUUGUUGAUAGUAAAAAAAAAUAUAUAUAUAUAUUUUUUGUUAACUGGAUGCUUUUAGAUGCAAGGGAACUAAAUAAGCAGAAAAAUACUUGAACUGCAAACUUUUUGCCGAGUAUUCAACAUGUUAAGGUGUUGGUUGUGAGUCCACUGUCUAUGCAACAAAAUUAACUUAACCAAAGUCUGUUAUUCCCGUGUUUUUGAAAUGUUACUUUACAGAAUAAAAACAAGUUAACAGAG